CCAGGAUUCUGCCCUGCAUGGUCAUAUUUAAGAUGGGCUUGACAUAACCAGCUUAGAUUAAGGCAGCUGGUUGUCUCCGACGUCUUCUUUGGCACAACGAGUCCAUCAAACAAGAUCAUGUGUACGGCUAGGCUCGAAACAUUCUUUGUUGUUUCGUCAUCUUGCCGGCCAGCCAAGUUAUGUCACCCCCACCGUUAUCGAUGACCUCCGUGUUCUUAUCUCUCAAUGGAAGCAUUGAUAGAGAUACACGGCGCAAAUGGGUAAUUAAUCCACCAGAUUUUUGGUCCAUUCUUGUGUUCAGUGUGGGCGUAUGUUAGUUCCUUGGAGGUUUGGCUUGGAGGUGUGCAAGGCAUUGUCAUUGAUAGACGUUUGGGGCGCGGACCGUGUCAGCAUCAAACUCAACCCUACCGGAGGAUACAAUAAUACGGGAAUGCCUCUUCAAGAAACACUGGAAACCUUCAGUUAUUUUAUCUCUGAAGCUGACAAGUUCGGUUUGGCAUAUAUCAACCUCGUUCGGCGUGAAAUGUGGAACGAAACACAAUGGUAUUCCUUGGGUCGCGCAUCCCGACUUUGCAGAGAGGCUGCAGUACGGAAAACCAUCGGACGGUCAGCCUGGUUUUACAGAGCUUUAUGGACAUGGCGCAGAUGAAGAGAAUGAAAAGAAGGGAUACACCGACUACAUAGGUUACAUGGAAUAUAACAAAUAGUCUCGUAUAUCAUGCAGGAUCGUGGGAACAAUGAGC